AGUUCAGUGGCAGUUGUGAUUAGUUGACAACCCCACCGCCAGCAGAAGGUCCACUCACCUGAAUCACUCCACUUAACUCUUAACUUUCUGGGGUUUCUGGUGUCCCACGAAGCGCCAUGGAGAGCAGCAUCAGACAGCAUGGCCUCCACGGCCACACCGCGUCUUCUCUAUCGGUCGGCGCGUCCUUGUUUCGCUCACCCCCGCUCUUCCUCCGCGCUGCCGCCUCCGCCGGCUGCGGGAACCCGGUGCUGGAGAGGGGCUACCCGCGCACGCCGAAAUGCGCGCGGUGCAGGAACCACGGAGUAGUGUCCGCGCUCAAGGGCCAUAAGCGCUUCUGCCGAUGGAGGGACUGCGCGUGCGCCAAGUGCACGCUGAUUGCGGAGAGGCAGCGCGUGAUGGCCGCGCAGGUGGCGCUGAGGCGGCAGCAGGCGCAGGAGGAGAGCGAGGCGCGCGAGCUCCAGAUGCUGUACACGGGCCCCGGAGGAGCGGGAGAAACAACCGGUUUGACAUUUUCUACCGGGAUGUCCACGGAGAAUAACAACACCAACUCCAAAACUCUGGCGGGAUUUGACGUCCUCGGAUCCUCUCAUCAGCAUGACGGAGACCAGCUGAGCAAGUACAACUUCUACAGCGGCUUCAUGGCCCGCUCGCUCUUUACACACCACCAGACCUCCCCCUCGCCCCUGCCCCCCCGCGGCGGGACGUCCCCGGGAAAGAGGCGCACGAACCCCGCCGUCCUCGAGAGCGACGACGGGGACCGUCGCUCCCCGCCCUGCUGCGACCACCUGUCGGACCCCUCGACCACGCAGAGCCCCCCCCGGUCCCUCCCGUCAUCCUCGGACCCCGAGUCCGGAAGCGACGAAGCCCCGGAGAAGCCCAAGGAAUCCCCUUACCCAGGCCUGGAGCUCAGCCCCAGCCCCACCACCACCACCACCACCACCACCACGGGGGUCUCGGCGUCCAGGGACCACCCUGACCCCGCCGACGUCAUGAGCAGGAUCUUCCCGCAGGAGAAGCGGGACGCGCUGGCAGCGGCGGUGAGGACGUGCGACGGCGACGUGGUGAGGGCCAUCGAGCUCCUCCUGCAGGGCUCCAAGGACCACAGGCUGGCGGACGCGCCUCAGCACCACCACCACCACCCCCACCAUCAACCCCACCACCACCAACACGCGUUUCACUUCAGACCCGGUUUCGGACUCGCCACGGGGGCACUGGCCCAGGGUAGGCCCGCCCUGGUGGGGACCAACAAGUCGGCCUUCUCCCCGCUCCAUGCGCCGGCGUGCACAACGUCUGUGGCGGAGGGCCUGUACGGCCUGGGCCCGCGGUUUGGCCUCAGCCCGCUGCGCCUGGCGUACUCCUCGGCAGGCGUCGCCGGGGGCGCCGGUCUCGCCGGUUUCAUGUCGCCCUACGUGACGUCCGGCGGGAUGCCCGGUUUCCCGGGGCUGCGCCCUCCGCUGGACUACUCCUUCCCGGGCGUGAUUCGAGAUCUGUACCUGCAGAGUAAAGGGUCUCUGUGCAGCCCGUACGGCCUCCAUCCCAACCACGAGAAGCAGCUGUAGAGACCCCUGGAGAGAGGGUUUUAGAGCGAGAAAUUAGCUCCAUAAUGGGGGGCUUAAAAGUGCCUAAGAAAGAACAGAAAAGUAUGUAUUUUUUUGUACAUUGUGUAAAGUUUUUUUUACGACUAAUAAAAAGUUUUUUCAACGA